GUUCGUAGAAAGAAAAAGACAUAUUUCCCAACAUGGCAAAAGACGACAAGCGCAUCCAGGAGAUCGAUAGCGUUCCCCACGAGCGCGAUGGCACGCGACCCGACCUCGCAACACUCCCGCCGAGGAAGAAGCUGCCGCAGGAGAUACAGAAAACACUCGACAAUGAGACGAUGUUUGAUGAUCUGUAUGAUGGAACCGCCGAAGACACAACAGACACCUCAAUCCGUUAUGCCGCCUACGCAACCCGCAUACGAACCAUCAUGCUGUCUGCCCACCGCUAUGUCGCAUACACUUCCGAUAUUGGCGAAUCGUUCCGCCCCAUCGCACAUCCAUACCUGAUCAAAGGCGCGUACGGUGUGUCCUGGUUGUACCUUACAGGUGAUGUAGCACACGAAGGCUACAAAGCGUACUGCCGAAACCAAAAGACUCUGCACCCCGAUCCGACUGAAGAGAAGAAGGAGCAGGCGGAUAUGGUAGCCACUGGGCGGCCUACAGGCGUGAUAGGCAAGGUGCAAGAGCUGGGCAAGAAAGUCACGAGCACCGAGGGCGUCAAGGCUGGCGGCGAGGGAAGUAUCCUCACGGGUGGGGAGAUUAUCCCGGGGCGUAUACCGGCGAUUGAGGACUAUAGAUCAGUUAUGGCUCAGCGAGCUGUGUUCCAGGCUGUUGCGUCUAUGGGUCUGCCUGCGUUUACGAUACAUAGUAUUGUGAGGUACUCUGGACGUGCGUUGAAAGAUGUUAGGAACAAGUUGAUCAGGACGUGGGGUCCCAUCGGGCUUGGUCUCGCGGCCGUUCCAUUCUUGCCAUACCUCUUCGAUGAGCCCGUCGAGCAUGCGACGGAAUGGAUCUUCUACAACGCAUUCAGGACUUUUGGUGGUGAGAAGGCCGUCGAGGGACGACCGGUCACAGGGCAGAAGGAGUUGAGGAAAGAGGAGAGCCAGGUGAACAAGCUGAAGGAGCUAUGAGUUUCGGUUCGACGACGUAAAAGUCCAGGGUCAGCAAAUUGGAAAUAAAAAUAAACGAGAUGGAACUAACAAAAAGGAUUUCAUUCAAGCAAACUAUCUACUCCGUUCAAUAUAUAUACAUGAAAAUAUCUACUCUUCAAAAUAUACUCGUUGUUC